AUGGAUUUCUGGUUUAACAACAACAGCAACAUAAACAACGAGGAGGAGGAUUUGGAGAAUGAGAAGACGGAAGAAAAUUCUUUAUCAGAUGUAGAUUUCCAGUCGCCGAUAAAACCGUCUCCGCCUGUGCGAGAGGAGAAGAAGAGAGGUGAAGAAGCGGAAGAAGAAGAAGAAGAAGAAGAAGAACAUCGUCUUCGUCGCCGGAGCGUUUUGUCGCCGACGACGACGACCUCGACGACGAGUUAUUCAUACAAUUCGAGCCCAGAGGAGACGACUUCUUCGAGCGAGUUUUUGUCGAAGAAGAAGAAGAACGACGACGACGAUAACCAAGGAGGAGGAGGAGGAAAAUUGAACAGAAGAUUAUCGACAGAAAAAUAUAUGCUCAAGAAAGAAAGCUAUGUUAUCUCUGAUGAUGAUGAUGAUGAUGAUGAUGCGGGAAUAUUGCGCGACGACGAGGAAGGGAUGCGCUCCUCGAUACUCUACGAAAAUCCAGAUCACACGCUCGUGGAAGAAGAUGAAGAAGAAGAAGAAGAAGAAGAAGAAGAAGAAGAGGAAGAGGAAACAGUAGAAGUAGAAGUAGAAGAGAGUAAAGAAAAAGAAAAGAAGAGCGAAAGCAAGAAGAAGAAGAAGAUGACUCGCGUGGAGAGGCUGCGAGAGUAUUUCAAGCUUCCGUCGGACGAGGAGCUGUUGGACGAAUUCCUUUGCGCGUUGCACAAGAAAAUUUUGUUGCAAGGACGGAUGUACGUCUUCAACAAUUUCGUGUGUUUCUAUUCGAGCGUGUUCGGAUAUCAAAAGCAGAAACGCAUUCCGUUCAAAGAUGUGACGCUCAUGGAAAAAGCGAAAACGGCGGGUAUUUUCAACAACGCGCUUUAUAUUGUGCACAAAGGCGGGAAGAGAGAAUUUUUCACGAGUUUUAUUUUCCCGGAAAAAGUGUUCAAGUUUCUCGAACAGCAGUGGAGAACGAGUAGUGAUUACGGUAGACUCUUCAGAGGACAUCGAGGGCACCAUUCCAUGGACUUUGACGCGACGUUGAGACGGAGGGAGGAACAACAAAUGCUCGCGCAACUCGGAGAUUCCGAUCAAUCCGAUACGGAGGAUAACUCCGAGGAGAGGAAAAUAAUCAACAUGCUCGGCAAUCAAAGCUUGACGAAUACGCCAGUUCUGGAUUCAGAGCUCACGCACGAACAAAUGAAAUCACUCAGGAUACGAAGAAGAACGGGCGAACGUCGCGAAUCUGUGGAAGAUAACACCGAUGAUCUGAGUUCAAACAAUACCGCGGCUACCGGAGAGAAUACUGUUGAGGAAAACGAAGCCACUUCCGAGAAGAGACGCGCGAGAACGUCAGAUUCCAUCACUGAUAAAGAGGAAGAAGAAACAGAAAAAGGAGGAGAGAAUAGAGAAGAAGUUGAGAACGAAAUUGAAUCCGAUGACUUUGGCGAGAUACCGAGUAUCCAAACGUUGCCUGAAGUUGAUGGGAAAGACGAGAGCGCGAGAAUACCCGAUGAAUACGGUAAAGCAUUGGUGAGCGCAAAAUUCGAUUGCACCCCCAAAGAAUUCUUCAAAGCGUGCUUUUCAAACUCGGCGACGAACACGUUCUUUCUCGCGCAAUCAAAAGCGUCUGGUCAGACGAAUUUCUCGUGCACGGAGUGGGCAAAACACUCUCAUUAUGGGUUUUCACGGGACGUUAAAUUUGUCGCACCGGUAAAUUCAACUUUCGGUCCUAAAGAGACGCGAUGCGUGCAGACGCAAACGUAUAAACUCUACCCGGACGAUAAUUUAAUUAUUGGUUACUCGCAAGUUCAACUCGAUAUCCCGUACGGAGAUUACUUCUCCGUGGAAUCCAAAUGGAAUUGCGUUCCGCUUUUCACCGAGGGCGAUCGUAAAAUGAACGGAUGCGAAGUUACGUUUCACGUCCACGUUUUGUUUGAAAAAUAUACGUAUUUACAGUCUGUGAUUCAAUCGUCGGUACUCUCGGAGACCAAAGAAAGUGCCGAAGUGUUCUUGAACGCCGCUAAAGACGUAUUAAACAACAGUUCGAAUAGUAAAAGUAGUGCAAUGUCCGAAGAGAAAAGCGCGACGUUCUUGGAAAGGUUGUCGAAACGAUUUUCGAUCGACGUGACCAAGGUGAAAAUCCCAGAAGGUUCGCGCGAUGCCGUUUUUAGCAUGCUCUAUCCGUCAGUAGGAAAAGAUUCGGACGAUACCAUGCAGCCAGCUUCAACAACUACGCACCAGACCACUACUUCUUUGUCCACGCAGAAAAAUACAAAGGAUAAGCUCGUAUCCGGCGCGCGGCGCACGAAGGAACUGGCGAUGAAAUUCUUCGGGUUGUUUACGUUUCAGAAUUUGUUGAUGUUUGUGCUCUUUGUAGUCGUAGCGUGGACGCUCUUAGCGAUGUGCGCGAGUUGUGCACAAAAGCUCUGGUACGUCGCGAAGUAUCCGUUCGUUGUUGUGUUUGGAGAUAGCGACGCAAACUUGGAAAAAUAUUGGAAACGUCGAAUUACAAUUUUGACGCAAGAGCUCGGCGCUCUCGAACGAAAAGUUCAGUUAGUAAGCAAAGAAAUAACGUUCGCGAAGCAAAGCUUGAAAGAAGCCUCGGGCUCGUAA